CUAGGCCUAGUUUGUGUUGCAAGCUCUUCGAUCGCUAGUCUAGUCGCUCAAUCAUGGUCAACCCAGCGCCAAUGAAAUCACGCCGAGUGGCCGUCCUCGGGAGCAGAUCAGUUGGUAAAUCAUCCUUGACUGUCCAGUUUGUUGAGAACCACUUUGUCGAGUCGUACUAUCCGACGAUCGAAAACACCUUCUCCAAGAUCAUCAAGUACAAAGGCGCCGAGUUUGCGACUGAGAUUAUUGAUACGGCAGGACAGGAUGAAUACAGUAUCCUCAACUCGAAGCACUCUGUGGGCAUUCACGGUUAUGUCUUGGUGUACUCGGUCGCGAGCAAGAGCUCGUUUGAGAUGGUCAAGAUCAUUCGCGACAAAAUCCUUGACCAUACUGGCACAGACUGGGUUCCCAUUGUCGUCGUUGGCAACAAGAGCGACCUCCACAUACAGCGUCAGGUCAGCGUGGAGGACGGCAAGGCGCUUGCGGCCGAAUGGAAGUGUUCCUGGACUGAAGCAUCAGCGCGCCACAACGAGAACGUCGCAAGAGCAUUUGAGCUCAUCAUUGCAGAAGUCGAGAAGCAGGAGAACCCGACGCCGCCCGGUGGACAGGGCAAGAGCUGCAUCGUCUCCUAG